AAAGUACCACACAAACCAAGACUAUUGUUCUCUCUACCCUCUUGCUGCUAGCUAUGUCUUUUUCUUAGGUUCAUCACUGGUUCCCAUUUCUGUAUGAGUGCUCUGUGCCCUCACAACCUGUGUAGUCCAUGAUGAAAAGGAAAAAAGAUGGAUAAACUAUGGUGUGUUAUGGUGGUUCCCAAAAUAGACCAGCAGCAUCAGCAUCAUUUGAGCACUUGUUAGAAAUGAAAAUUCUCAGCCCCCACCCUGGACUUACUAAAUCAAAAACUGUGGGGGUAGAAUCCAGCAGUUUGCGUUUUGGAAAGCCCUCUGGGGCAUUCUGGUGCCCAUCAAAGUUUGAGAAUCACUGAAGGGAAGAGCCUUGUUGUUGAGUUCUAGGCUCUAUUUUAGCUAUAGUUUGCUUUUCAGUUUUCUCUUCUUCACUUUAUUUUUUACUUUAUUUAUUUAUUUUUAAAGAGGACAGGGGAGAGGGAGAAAGAGAGAAUCCAAAGCAGGCUCCAACCCAGCACAGAGCCCAACACAGGGCUUGAGCCCACAAACCGUGAGAUCAUGACAUGAGCCAAAACCAAGAGCUGGAUACUCAACUGACUGAGCCACCUGGACACCCCCUUUUCUUCACUUUAAAAUGGAGGGAGGCCUUGGACUAGGCAACAUCUAAAGACUCUGUCACUCUGUAAUUUUGUUUGACCUCUCAUAGCUUAAGUUUUCUCAUAUGAGUAGAGUAAGGAAAAUACCUACCUCACAGGUUUUUCUAACAAAUUUGUAAUUAUUAAAUAAGAUGUUUACAGCAUAUAAUGAUGACCAACAAUAAUAGCUAACUCUUUCAUAGUGCUUUCCGUGUGCCAGACACUGUUAUAACUGCUUUUAAUCCCCAUAGCAACCUAUUUUAUAAAUGAAUAAAUAGAGGCAAUGAGAGAUUAAGUGGUUUACCCAAGAUCACAUGGCUAAAUAAGUGUCAGAGGUUGUUAGAACCUCGAAAAUCUGGCCACAGAAACUGCUUUUAAUUCAUGAAAGUGGGUGAUGGGCAUUGAGGAGGGCACCCGUUGGGAUGAGCACUGGGUGUUGCAUGGAAACCAAUUUGACAAUAAAUUAUAUUUAAUAUAAAAAAUAAAUAAAAGUGAGUUUUAAAAAGCAAAAAAAAAUAAUAUUCCAUAUUCCAAAAUAAAUAUUAAUUACUUCCCCCUUGUGCAUAUUUACAGUCUAGCUGAUCGUUCAUAGAUAGUAAUCAUCAUCUUCAUUAUUAAGUUCUUCCAACAGAAUCUUAAGAGAACCAUGAGAAUAUCUAGAUGUUUUACAAAUAGUUUGUAAACAUCCACCCCCCCCCCACUUUUUAAAAAGAAGUGUUUUUCACAUUCUCUAAUUUUACUUCUUCCAAAGGUAGAAGGUUGAUGAUAGAAGGAAAUCAAUCCAUUCAGUACUUUUUCCUUCUUUCUACACUGUGCAAAAUAUGUCAGUUGUUAGGUCAAAACCAUUUUACAGGAAAUAUUCCCAUCACUGCCCCAGGGAACUCUAGGGCAUAUUGAAGAUCUACUCACAGGGCCAGCUGGUGGCUUAGUUGUAAAGUUGGGCCAUGUCUGUGCCCUCACCUCCUUAAGCCUACAGCUCACCACAGCCAAAGACCCUGGCAGAUAUGGUAGUAGUUUAUUUUUUGGUUCUCUUUCAUUGUUGUUGUCAGAUUUACAUUCAGGGGUUGGUGGGUUUGUGGGUAGUUCUAUCCUACUCCUUGGCUUUAAGCAGUGAGUCUGGCUUUUGUCCUCCAUCUUGCUCAGAGCACUUCUGGACCAGAAUAUAAAGUAUUAGCUUGAUUAAUGGAAUCCAAGCUUCCUUCCUGGAAGGCAUCUUUAACAAUUGUGAAAAUCAUCUUAAGCCAUGUUGGUGGCUUAAGUUAGGUAAGCCAUGUUAGUUUCAUAGUGGUGUUCUAACCUACUUUUUUAUGGGUAGAUAAACAUAGUAAUUUAUCCUAUGCACAAGUGAAGAUCACAAGGGCCAAUGCUAUGGUGAACCUGUGAAGUCAGUGAAGGUUUUUCUCUGCUAGCCCCACCUUUCUCCAUGGUUGAUCCUUUGUCCCAUUGAUGAUGGCCACUCCAUCCAAUUCAGGUAUUCAGUAUCUUCUCAGCUUCUGCUUUCUAGAUCCCUCUCUGAUGCCUUGACUGAGGCAGAGUAGUGUCAUAGGAAGAGCAUGGACUUGAACCAAACUGGGUUUGAAUUCUAUCUUUGCCUCUGACUAACCUGGUAAAUUUGGGGAAGCCACUUUCCUUCCUUGAGCCUCUGUUUCUUCAUCUGCAAAGUGGGGCUAAAAAUGUCAUCUAUUUAAUAAGCUGUGAUGAAUGAAAUGAGGUCAUGUGUAUAAAGUGAGUACCAUAGUGAGCAGUACACAAUAAAUAGUACUUAGUAAUUGUUUAUCAUCAUCACCAAUAUCAUUUGAGCAAAAAACAGAACUGAAAAAUGCAAUAAAUGAGAUUCAAAACAGACUUGAUGCAAUGAACACAAGAUGGAAGAAGCAGAGGAAUUAAGAAGUGAUAUAAGAGAUAAAAUAAUGGAACAUGAUGAAUCUGAACAAAAGAGAGAAUUAUGGAACAUGAGAAUAGAUUUAGGAAACUCAGAGACUCAACCAAGCAUAAUAACAUUCAUAUUAUAGGAGUCCCAGAAGAAGAAUAGAGAGAAAAUGGAGCAGAACAUUUAUUUGAGGAAAUAAUAGCUGAAACCCUCCCUAAUCUGGGGAAAGAAACAGACAUCCAGAUCCAGGAGGCACAGAGAAUUCCUAUCAAAAUCAACAAAAGCAGACCAACAUCAAGACAUAUUGUAAUUAAAUUUGCAAAAUAUAGCAAUAAAGAAAAAUCCUAAAGGCAGCAAGACAAAAUAAUUCUUUAACUUACAAGGGAAAACCCAUAAGACUAGCUGGAGAUUUCACAAUGAAACUCAGCAAGCCAGGAAGGACUUAACAUGAUACAUUCAACGUGCUGAAUGGGAAAAAUCCACAGCCAAGAAACUCUAUCAAGUAAGGCUAUCUUACAGAAUAGGAGAGAUUAACACUUUCCCAGACAAACAAAAACUAAAAGAGAUCAUGACCACUCAACCAGCCCUGCAAAAAGGAGAUUCUCUGAAUGCAAAGGAGAAACCAAAAGUGACAAAGACAAGGAAAGAUCAGAGAAAAUCUCCAGAAACAAUGGCAAAACAUGUAAUAAAAUGGCACUAAGUACAUAUCUAUCAAAAUUACUGAAUGUAAAUGCCCCAAUCAAAAGACAUAGGGUGUCAGAAUGGAUUAAAAAAAAUAAGACCCAUCCAAAUGCUGCCUACAAGAGAUAAAUUUUAGACCUAAAGACAUCUGCAGAUUGAAAUUAGGGGAUGGAGAAACAUAUAUCAUACAAAUGGACAUCAAAAGAAAGCCAGAGUAGCAAUACUUAGAUAAAUUACACUUUAAACCAAGACUGUAACAGAGAUGAAGGGGGCACUAUAUCACAAUAAAGGGGACAAUCCAACAAGAAGACCUAAUAAUUGUAAAUAUUUAUACACCCAAUUUGGAAGGUCCCAAAUAUAUAAAACAAUUAAUAACAAACAUAAAUAAACUCAUUGAUAAUAAUACAAUAAUAGUAGGAGACUUUAACACCCCACUUACAUCAAUGGACAGAUCAUCUAAGCAGAAAAUCAACAAGAAAACAAUGACUUUGAAUGACACACUGGACAAGAUGGACUUAACAUAUAUUCAGAACAUUCCAUCCUAAAACAGCAGAAUACACAUUCUUUUCAAGUGCACAUGGGACACUUGCCAAAAUACAUCACACACUAGGUCACAAAUCAGACCUCAAAGACUACAAAAAGAUUGAGAUAAUACCAUGCAUAUUUUUCUGACCAAAAUGCUGUGAAACUUGAAUUCAACCACAAGAAAAUAAAAUGGAAAGACCACAAAUACAUGGAGGUUAAAUAAUAUAGUACUAAAGAAUGAAUGGGUCAACCAGGAAAUCAAAGAAAUUAAAAAACUACAUGGAAACGAAUGAAAAAACAUAACAAUCCAAAACCUUAAGGAUGCAGCAAAAGCAGUCCCAAGAUGGGAAGUGUAUAACAAUAUUGGCCUACCUUAAAAAGCAAGAAAAAUUUCAAAUAAACAAUGUAACCUUAUACCUAAAGGAGCUAGAAAAAGAACAACAAAUGAAGCCUAAAGCCAGCAGAAGGGAAAUAAUAAAGAUUAGAGAAGAAAUAAAGGAUAUAGAAAAUAAAAAAACACUAGAACAGAUCAAUGAGGCCAGGAGCUGGUUCCUUGAAAAAAAAUAAUGAAACUGGUAACGCCCUAGCCAUACUUAUUGAAAAGGAAAGUGAAAGGACCCAAAAUAAAUAAAAUCACAAAUGAGAGAGAAGAAAUAACAACCAACACCACAGAAAUACAAUUAUAAGAAUAUAUCAUGAAAAUCUAUGCCAACAACUUGGAGAACCUGGAAAAAAUGGAUUAAUUCCUGGAAACAUAUAAACAACCAAAACUGAAACAGGAAGAAUUAGAAAACUUGAACAGACUGGUAACCAGAAAAGAAAUUCAAUCAGUAAUAAAUCUCCCAAAAAACAAAAGUCCAGGGCCAGAUAGCUUCACAGGUGAAUUCUACCAAAUAUUUAAAGAAGAGUUAAUACCUAUUCUUCUCAAACCAUUCUAGAGAAUAGAAAUGGAAGGGAAACUUCCAAAUUAAUUCUAGGAGGCCAGAAUUACCCUGAUACCCAAACCAAAGACUCCACUAAAAAAGAAAACUACAGGCCCAUUUCCCAGAUGAACAUAGAUGCAAAAAUCCUACUAGCAAACCAAAUCCAAGAAUACAUUUUAAAAGAUCAUUCACCACAAUCAACUGGGAUUUGCUUAGGAGGCAAGGUUGGUCCAGUAUUUGCAAAUCAAUCAAUGUGGUACAUCACAUCAAUAACAGAAAGGAUAAGAACCAUAUGAUCAUUCCAGUGAAUGUAGAAAAGGCAUUUGACAAAGUACAACAUCCAUUCAUGAUAGAAGCUGUCAAGAAAGUAGGUCUGGAGGGAACGUACCUCAAAAUAAUAAAGUCCAAAUAUGAAAAACCCACAGGUAAUAUCAUCCUCAAUGGAGAAAACCUGAGAGCUUUUUCUCUGUGUUCAGGGACAAGACAGGAAUGUUGGCUCCUCCACUGUUAUUUAAUAUAGUUCUAGAAGUCCUAGCCACAACAAUCAGACAACAGAAAGAAAUAAAAGGCAUCCAAAAUGCAAGGAGGAGGUCAAACUUUUACUCUUUGCAGAUGCCAUGGUACUCUACAUAGAAAACCCAAAAGAUUCCACCAAAAAAGUUGCUAGAACUGCUGAUACAUGAAUUCGGUAAAGUCAAAGGAUAUAAAAUCAACACACAGAAAUCUGUUGCAGUUCAUAAUGAAUUCUCUCUCUUUCUGAGAAAGAGAACUCAAGGAAUCAAUCCCAUUCACAAAUUAACCAAAAACCAUAAGAUACCUAGGAAUAAACCUAACCAAAGGGGUGAAAGAUCUGUACUCUGAAAAUUAUAGAAAGUUUAUGAAAGGAAUUGAAGAAGACACAAAGAAAUGCAAAACACUCCAUGCUCAUUGAUUGGAAGAAAAAAUAUUGGUAAAAUGUCAAUACUACCCAAAGCAAUCUACACAUUCAGUGCAAUCCCUAUCAAAAUACUAAAAGCACUUUUCACAGAGCUAGAACAAACAAUCCUAAAACAUGUAUGGAACCACAAAAGACCCCGAAUAAUCAAUGCAACCUUUUAAAAGAAAAGAAAAGCUGGAGGCACCAUAAUUCCUGACUUCAAGUAAUAUUACAAAACUGUAGUAAUCAAGACAAUGUGGUACUGUGACAAAAAUAGACACAUAGAUCAAUAGAAGACAUUAGAAACCCCAGAAGUCAACCCACCACUCUAUAGUCAAUUAAUCUUUGACAAAGCAAGAAAGAAUAUCCAAGGGGAAAAAGACAAUCUCUUCAACAGUGUUGGGUAAACUGGACAGCAACAUGCAAAAGAAUGAAACUGGACCACUUUCUUACACCAUACACAAAAAUAAAUUCAAAUGGUUUAACAACAUAAAUAUGAGACAGGAAACUAUCAAAAUCUGAGAGGAGAACACUGGCAAUAACUACUUUUAUUGGCCAUAGUAACUUCUUUUUUUUUUAAGUUUAUUCAUUUAUUUUAAAAGAGGGAGAGAACAUGAUAAGAAGAGGGGCAGAGAGAAAGGGAGAGAGAGAGAGACUCCUAAGCAGGCCCCAUGCUGCCAGCAUGGAACCCACCGUGGGGCUGAAACUCACGAACCACAAGAUCAUGACCUGAGCCAAAACCAAAGACCGAACGCUUAACUGACUGAGCCACCCAGGUGCCCCUGGCCAUAGCAACUUCUUACUAGAUAUGUUUCCUGAGGCAAGGGAAACAAAGGCAAAAAUAAACUACUAGGACCUCAUCAAAAUAAAAUCUUCUGCACAGUGAAGGACACCAUCAACAAAACUAAAAGCAAGUGUUCAGAAUAGGAGAAGAUACUUGCAAACGACAUACCUGAUAUAGGGUUAGUAUCCAAAAUCUAUAAAGAAGUUAUAAAUCUCAAUACCCAAAAAGCAAAUCAUCCAAUUAAAAAAUUGGCAAAAAACAUGAAUAGAUGUUUUUCCAAAGAAGACAUACAGAUGGCUACAUGAAAAAAGGAUCAGCAUUACUCAUCAUCAGGGAAAUACAAAUCAAACUACAAUGAGAGAUCAACUCACACCUCUCAGAAAGGCUAAAAUUAACAACAGAAGUAACAUCAGGUGUUGGAGAGGAUGCGGAGAAAGGGAAACCCUCUUGCACUGUUGAUGGGGGUAACAGAGAGGCCACUCUAGAAAACAUUGUGGAGGAUCCUCAAAAAAUAAAAGUAGAACUACCCUACAUCCCACAAUUACACUACUACGUAUUUACCCAAAGAAUACAAAAAUACUGAUUUCAAGGGAUACAUGCACCCUGAUAUUUAUAGCAGCAUUCUUUGCAAUAGCCAAGUUAUGGAAAGAGCCCAAAUGUCCAUCGACUGGUGAAUGGAUUAUGAAGAUGGGGUUUGCACAUAAAUAGAAUGGAACAUUACUGAGCCAUAAAAAAGAAUGAAAUCUUGCCAUUUGCAAUGACAUGGAAGGAGCUAGAGAAUAAUAUCCUAAGCAAAAUUAGUCAGAGAAAGAUAAAUACCAUAUGAUUUCGCUUUUAUGUGGAAUUUAAGAAAAAAAAAUAGGGGCACCUGGGUGGCUCAGUCAGUUGAGCAUCCGACUUCGGCUCAGGUCAUGGUCUCGUGGCCCAUAAGUUCGAGCCCUGCAUCGGGCUCUGUGCUGACAGCUCAGAGCCUGGAGCCUGUUUUGGAUUCUGUGUCUCCCUCUCUCUCUGACCUUCCCCCAUUCAUGCUCAAUCUCUCUCUGUCUCAAAAAUAAAUAAACGUUUAAAAAAAUAAACAAGCAUAGAAUGGGCAAAGAGAGGGAAACCAAGAAACAAAUUCUUAACUAAGGAGAAUACACUGAUGGUUACCAGAGGGAAGAUGGGUGGGGGGAUGGGUUAAAUAGGUGAUGGGGAUUAAGGAGUGCACAAGUGAUGAGCACCAGAUGUUUUAUGGAAGUGUUGAAUCUCUAUAUUGCACACCUGAAACUAAUUAUACACCAUAUGUUAACUGACAUUUAAAUAAAAACUUAACAAAAAGCGAAAGGAAUCCCUUUUACAAUAUCAUCGAAAAUAAUAAAAUACUGGGGAAUAAAUUUAACAAUAGAUGUGCAAGAUUAUAUUUGCUAAAAGGAAAACAUUGCUGAAAGAAAUUAAAGAGGGCCUAAAUCAAUGAAAAGCCAUUCUGUUUUAGUGAUAUGAAUACUUAAUAUUGUUAAGAUGACCAUAAUCUCGAAGGCAAUACAUAGAUUCAAUACAGUCUCUAUCAAAAUUUCAAUGAUCGGGGAGCCUGGGUGGUUUAGUGGGUUAGGUGGCAAACCUCAGCUCAGGUCAGGAUCUCGCAGUUUGUGGGUUUGAGCCCUGCAUCAGGCUCUGUGCUGACAGUUCGGACCCUGGACCCUGCUUCAGAGUCUGUGUCUCCCUCUCUCUCGGCUGCUACCCCACUUGAACUCUAUCACUCUCAAAAGUAAAUAGACAUUUAAAACGUUUUAAAAACCUUUUCAGUGAUCUUUUGCAGACGUGAAAGCCAAUCCUAAAUUUAUAUGGAAAUGCAAGGGACAGAGACAGCCAAAACAAUCCGGAAAAGAAGAACAAAGCUGUGCGAUCCACACGUGCCACUUUCAAACUUACUUCAAAACUACAGCAAUCGUAAACUGUGGUACUGGCAUAGGGGUAGACAUGUAGGUCAAUGUUUUUGAAUUUACAGUGAGAAAUAAACCCAUAGAUUUAUGAAUAGUUGAUAUUCAACAAGGGGGCCCAGACCGUUCAAUGGAGGAAUGAGCGAUCUCUUCAACAAACGGUGCUGGGAAAACUGAAUAUUGACAGAAAAAAGAAUGAAGGUGGGCUCCAGUUUCACACCACGUAUGAAAAUGAAUUCCAAAACGGAUCACAAACCCAAACGUAAGCGAUGAAACUAUGAAACUCUUGGAAUAAAACAUAGAUAUAAAUCCCCCUGGCUUUAACUACACAACAGUUCCUUACAUAUGGCAGCAAAAGCGCGGCCACAAAAGAAAGGGGGUGGUGGAAAGAGGAUAAGUUGUACACCAUCCAAACCAAAAACUUUUGUGCAUGAAAGGACUCUGUCUAGAAGGUGAAAGGACAAAACGCACAGGAUGGGAGAAGCAUUUGCAAAUCACACAUGGGAUAAGGGUGUAUUCUCCAGAAUGCAUAAAGAACACCUACAAGUCAACAAUGAAAGCACGAACGUACAACCCAGUUAAAAAAUGGGAAAGGACUUGAACAGACGUUCCUCCAAAGUGGAUGUGCAAAUGGCCAAGAGGCACACGAAAAGACGCUCAACAUCAUGCGCCAACAGGGCGAUGCAAAUCGCAACCGCCAUGAGGCACCACUUCGCAGCCAGUAGGCUGGCUCUUCUAGGCACAAGAAAGCAAAACAAAGGCAAAAAGACGAGUUCGGGCGAGGGUGAGCAAGACUGGGACUCACACACUGCUGCUGGGAAUGCAAAGCUGCUGUGGGAAUCCGCUGGGCGGCUCCUCAGUAAGUUACCGGCAGAAUUAGCACCCGACCCCUCAAUCGCAGUCCCGGUGCAAUUUCCUACCCUAGGGAAUCAGAAACAGGUGCUCAAACAGAACCCUGUGCAGGAAAUGUUCGGCGCAGCGCUGUUCACAUCUGCCGCAAGGUGGGAAUGGCGGAGCUGCCUGUCAACCCAUGAACUGGGAUAGGCCGCCACACACGGUGUGUCCCUGCGGUGGAAUAUUACUCAGCCGUGAAAAGGCUUGAAGCGCUGACUCACGCUCCCACACGGACGAACGAACCCUAGUGACAACGCUGCGCUACGGGAAAGCAACCAGGCACAGAAAGCCGCCUAUUCGCCCAGCGAUCCCGCGUGCAGAAAGAAGUAAGUGUCCGGGACAGGCGAACCCCUAUGGGCAGCAAGCCGACUAGCGGUUGCCUGGGGGCUCCCGAGGACGGGGGUGGGGGGGAGAGGGGUGCGGUGAGGACUGGCUGCCUGACACGUACAGGGGUUUCUUUGAGGGGUGCUGCCACGGUUUGGAACUAGACGGUCGUGGUGGUCGCCCGACCCCUCUAGUGUACACUCGGGGCCGCUGGCUCCUACACGGGUGUUGUGUGUGCACAAUGCGCCCGCCCAGCCAAAAGCCAGCGUUCCUUCAAACAGGGGUUCCAGGGAGCAGGCUCCCGCCCAGCACUGUUUCUCUGCAGCGGGGGCCCAUGGGAAAGCAGUGACUUCACCGGAUGUACGUGUCCCAAAACGCGCACCCGACCAAUGAUGGGGUCGGUCUGUGACCUCUAGGAUAUAGAGUAGCGGCUUUGGAACGCUGCCGGUCGGAAACUUCGGGCCAACUGGCUUUUUACACCGCUUCCCGCCACAUCGCACCAUAUCCAGCCCUAUCCGACCGCAUCCAGCCGCACCCGACCGCUUCCCGCAGCGCACGCCAGACCGAGGCCCGUCCGAGAAAGCGCAGCCGAGGCCCAGCAUGCCUGUGAGGAGGAGCCGUCGAGGGUCGUCCAGUGGCCAGAGCCGGGUCCGCUCCCACACUGCCCCAGCCGAGUUGACGUUCUCCGUGAGCCACGUGGAGCGCCUCCUGCGGGAGGGCCGCUACUCGCAGCGCCUGGGCGCGUCCGCCCCGAUCUUCCUAGCGGCCGUCAUCCAGUCCCUGACGGCCAAGGUCCUGGAGCUGGCCGGCAUCGAGGCCCGGAACAGCGGCAGGAGGCUCAUCACCCCGGGUGUCGUGGACAUGGUGGUCCACAACCACCCGCUGCUCAGCGCCUUCUUCCAGUCCACCAUCAUCUCCCAGGCGGUCCCGGGCUGGAACUAGCUGUCCCACGCGACGUGGGGUCCGGCGGGCGCCAGGCCUACUCGUGGCCGGGGUGGGCCCCGGCCGGCCUGGUGCCUCAGGCAGUCACUGAAAGCCAAUAAAGUGUUUGGAGAAA